AUGAGCACUAGCGACGGCAAGGUCAUUGGAGGAGGAUUAAGCCCAUAUUUGCUACCAUUCGUAUUUUUGAUGGUUCUGCAAGGAAGCGAAGACCGAAAACCGAUCUGGAAUCUACUGGGUUGCCUCGUGCUGAUUGUUCUGGCGAGUCCAUCGGCUAUGGCCUUGAAUCACCGGCCCAAGCAAGUUCUGCAAAGGCUCUUUUCAGGUCUGCCAACAUUUUCUACCUCCAAUGAUUCCGUUAUCACUCGCUUGGAAACCAACAACGACAUGGAAGAGGUUUUGGAUGGAGUCGGUGGCGGGGCAAUCAAUGAAAAGAAACGAGAAUUCAAUCGUUUGACAGAAGACAAUAAUAAUGAGACGCAUAAUGAGACGCAACAACUCGAAUCAUCGGGAUCCCAGUACGACCCCUCCAACCGUCAGGCUCACCUGUUUCAUGCCCUGGAGGGCUUGACCCGAUACCCCAACUACUUGCAAAGGUGGCAAGAGGAAGAUAUCGAUCGUCUCGAGACCACUUUGGAAGAACGAUUGACCAUGGUUCGACAGCAAAAACAGACACUACAGCGCAAGCGAACGGCCAUACAAAGUCUAGUGCAAAUCGUGCUGGCAGAGAGCCCGAACAAGGAACGAUGGCAAAAACUCUUGCAGCCCUGUCAAACUUGGCAAGAGGUUCGUGAACGGAUAUUGGACCCCAAAGCCGCCGAAGCCAUCUUUCAAUCCAAAAUGUUUUCCUCCAAAUACAACAAAACAAUUCCUACGGUGGAGGCAGUCGUCAAGGGAGACACCAGAGUGAAUCUGGAUGCCGAAUGUUUAGAGGGCUUGUUGGACGAGGAAAUGUACGACGUCUUUUCCUUUCGGUUGCUGAGUUUGGAGUUUUGCAAAGACUUGCGAGAUUUCAUCAAGGAACUAGCAAGCGCCAGUGAGACAAAGGAAGAUCUUCGAGAGUUUGGAAGACGACCCUUCAAUCUAGAUCUCGUGGGGCUUGGUUGGGUCAACGAUUUGCUGUUUCAUUUGGUCAUGAAACCAGUGGCAAGACAACUCUUUCUGCAAUCGGAAGGCUUGAUGAGCGACCUGGAUUGGCGCCAUGGGUACAUUGCUGGAUACUCGGCAACCCCGGAUGGUACCGGAAAACCCCGAGACCGCCUGGUGGUUCACACGGACGAUAGCGAAUGCACCCUGAACAUUAAUAUCGGCGACGUGUUUGAAGGCGGCUUGUUGGAGUUUCGCGGGUUACGAGGGACGGAAGAAGAAGGACAAUUGAUGGGAACAUUUGAACCCCAAAUGGGGCUGGCCGUCAUUCACGUUGGAAGGCACUUUCACGAUGUGACCAAGGUCACGAAAGGCGAUCGGUUUGCGUUUAUAAUCUGGGCACGAUCUUGGGGAGGCAUUCGAUCCGAGAAGUGUCCCUGUUGCUGGUUGAAUCGGCGGGAAGGAUCUACCUGCAUUUGUGGCGCUAGAUGGAACUAG